AGAGAUAUAACUAUAACUGAAACUGUGGAUGAAGAGUGUCAAGAAUUUUAUAUAUUCGAGCAUUUCUUCAACUUCAUGCAUCAAAUUAAUGAAAAAGAUGAUUAUGGGCUAGUAAAUAUUUUAGUUUUACUUCAAAUAAUUGUUAAAAUUAUGGUAUACUUUUCAACGGAGUUUUCAGGUAUAACAAUAAAGUACCUAAAACUUUCGCAGUAAGCAAUUUGAAAUAUUCGUCAGAGGUUUUGCGAAAUCAUCCUAGCAGAAACUGCUUAGAGGGGAGUGCAUUAUGUUCCUUGACUGGAAGCAUGCAGGCCUCACUAUGUAGGUGUUUGACCAGAGACAUCCUGUAAUGUUACGGAGUGCAGUAUGCUGACAUGUCUGAAGCAUUUUCGUAUGCAUUUCACUACAUCCCUCAUACGGUACAGCGUACUUGAUGACCGGCCGACCGAUUGCCUUGUAUGCAUGUUAUCCACAACGUUUCUUUGUCCUUUCCCUAGGAGGGGCUGGCUCUGUACUUUGGCAUUAUUCGUGGUCGUAUGUGGAGCGUAGGAGUACAAGUUAUCAAAUGUUCUUGACAACAUGAUAAUAAUUUUUAUUGAUGAAUACUCGCCCGAGCUUUAAAGCAAAAAUUACGAGUGGUUAAAAAUAUUCGAAAUAUUUUUUUAAAUGUGAAGUGAAAUAAAACGCAAUGUCUUGAUUAUAAGAAAUUUUGGUAAUUUUGCAACAGAUUUGGUAAGCAUUUUGGUACCCAAAGAUGUUCCAAGUGGCAACACUGCUGCGAGUGACAGUGUUUUCUGUGCGGCAACCAUGAUCCAAUUUUAUAAGGUUGUGGCGUUAGCCUAAAAACAACAAUUUGUCAAAAUCAGCCGUUUAGCUUUGUAUUGUUUUGAUUUAAUAAUUCAAAAAUAAAUUUUUGAAAGAUUUCAACCAUUGAAAAUACCUUUUUGAUUGAUAACUGAAUACGAAGAUUGUAAAUCACAAAAUCAUCAAAUUGUAAACAGAAAAUUCAUAAGAAAAACAACAACAACAGUCUUUUGUGACGUUAUUAAGACAAACAAAUUUGGUAAGAGAAUGCACGCUCCGUGUGUCCCAGUUCACACAGGGACUCUUGUCGCCCAUACCGGUUUUUAUGAGCGAUGGCACCACGAGGAAAGUCGAAGGGACCGUGUGAAUAAGAAUAAAAUUAAGAUACUCAAAAAUAUUGAAUUUAAAUUAUUAAGAACAUUUAGCCGUAUUAAAUGUAAUAGUAUAUACAUAUAUAAAUAAAUUCUAAUAAAAAGGAGGUUACUUAUACUUUUUUAUAUUUAUAUUAUAAGUAAUAUUGUUCUACCAUUUUUAUGUUAAUUUCUUGUAAGAAAAAUGUGAGACCACCAUACCUCAUACAAAUGAACUAAGCAAUACGCUCUAAGUAUCGCGUACUCGAACCGCACAAACAUAAAAAGUUGCUGAACUCUUUUCGCUCGUGUGAACGCACAGAGCUACACCAAAAGAUAAUUUGCCGAAAAUGAGCGACAAAAGAGUCCCCAUGUGAACGUCAUCUAUCGACACAACCGUAUAUAUAAUCAUGUGCGGCACUCACUCGUUCAGUUUACCAAGAGAUUUGGUCAAGAUUAGAGGUGUGAAAAUUUUAAGUGAUAAAUAAUUUGCAUUUAUUUGAGUUCUGAUUGCAUUUAGCAAACAAAAAAAAUCGCUUAUUAGCUGGAUAAAACGGAAUUGAACUAACUUAUGUUUAAUACAGAAGGAUAAUCAAAUCUUGCUAAAAAGUGUAUUUCACGCAUACAGUUGUUAAGGAGGAACAGGAAUUUAAAUUUUUUGUGCAAAGGAUAGGACAAAAAACGAACACAGUGUAAAAGGGAGAGCUAAAAAUUGGCAAAUGUAAUCCAUUACGUGAAAAAUCGAUAAAAAUAGAAUCAAAUCGGAAGCUCGUCAUAAAGGCAAAAACAAAACGAAUAUACGUGACGACGAGAGGAGCGGUACAACAACAAAAUAACGAAGAGUGCAACGUCUGCCAAAGAGCGCAUAGUAAGAAACGUGGUAUAGUGAAGGAAUUUGAAAAUAAAAAAGGCGAUAUUCUUACUAGAUUAUAUGAAAUAAUUCUUACGCGACCACAAAUAUAAUCCUCGCGCGCAAAACGUAUGAGAUUAGUUGAAGUUUUUGAAAUAAAGCAGUGAGGAGUAUACACGGGAAAGGAGCAAAAUCAGCUGAUCAGCAUUGUAACAGAGGAGAAGGAGAAACGCUUCUCCAACUACCGGUAAGGAGAACGUCACUACUUAAAAAAAGAGAAAUAUUUACUACAGCUGUCCAAUCAGCCGUAAAAAUAGCCAAAGCACAAAACGUCAAACAAAAAGUGUUGAAUUUGUAAUACAAACAAAAUUGGAAAAAAUAUAUACAAAUAAAAGUCAAACAAACCACGAAGCGGAUGUAAAUAACCGAGCACGAAAACCUAAGCAAACCAAAAUACCGAAAUACACACAUGUAUCAAAAACCACUCAAAUUCCAUAUAGUUUUAACGUUAUAAGAAAAUAUUAUACAUAUACUUGUAAGUAAAAAUAACAAAUUUCUGUUACAAAUCAAUAAAAAGUGGCUAAAGUAAUACACACAGAAAGUAUAUUGAAAUAAAACAAGUACCUAAAUUUCAAAUAAUUCACGAGUGCGGCAAAUUAGUAUGGGCACAGAAACCAAAUUCAACAGUUACAAGGAGAACACCACUUCAACGACUGGUAGUGUUUUUCGUCCGAAAGUAGCGCACAAUGGUACGUCGGCAGCAGCAUUAGGUGCCGGUGUUGGUCAAAAGUUGCAUUCCUCAAAUGGUGCAUUGAACUCUAAACAACAACAGCAUAGCGAUAUCACAAACGGCAGCUGUGUAACUCCAGUUUUUGUACCUAUACACAUUGGCGACGACGUAAUUAGCGGUGCCAAAGAGGUGCUGAAUGUGAUAAGGCCACAGUGGAAUAUCAGUCAUGUACAAUUUAAAAAAUUCACCGAUGGCAUCACAAAUAAGCUUGUCGGUUGUUUCUAUAAUCCCCCGCAAACCAACACAACAACAAUAACAAACAACAGCAAUGGCAAUGAAAUCGACACAGGCAGCGCCUAUGGCAAUGACACGCCCAACUCACCCCCUACUUUGGCAUCAUCCACACUGUUGGACGACAACAAUGACUCGGGCAAUAUCAGCGACACGGAUACAUUGGAUUCAGAGGUGACUAUGUCGAGCGCACUUGACAUAGAUAAUAGUCAUAAUGCCAGCAACACUGUGAAUACGAAAGCUGAAAGCCAAAACAGCAUUCCGAUCAAUGAGAGCAAUGUAGCACUGGUGCGUGUCUAUGGUAACAAAACCGAUCUGCUGAUCGAUCGUAAAGCCGAGACACGCAACAUACAGCUAUUGCAUACGUACGGUUUUGCGCCGACACUAUUUGCCACAUUCAAAAAUGGUUUAGUUUACGAUUUUGUACCUGGUGUAACAUUGAAGCCAACCAGUGUUUUGGAGCCGAGCGUUUGGCGUUUAGUCGCGACACGCAUGGCCGAAAUGCAUCGUCGCGUGCAGGUGCAGGAGACGCCAGCUGAUGCAGCUUGCGGUGCUGCUGGAGUGGUGCCAAUGUUGUGGCAUAAGACGCAAAGUUUCUUCAAUUUGGUACCUGAACGUUUUAGUGAUCCCGAAAAACAUAAAAGAGUUGAGGAAACUUUCUUGCCCAUAAAACGUUUACGCGACGAGUUCAAUGCGCUAUACAGGCGGCUCGAGCGUCUGGGCAGCCCCGUGGUAUUCGCCCACAACGAUCUGUUGCUGGCCAAUAUUGUCUACUUGGAAGCAGAGCAGUGUGUCAAUUUCAUUGACUACGAAUAUGCCGAUUACAAUUUUCAGGCAUUCGAUAUUGGAAAUCAUUUUUGUGAAUUUGCCGGCGUCGACGAAGCGGACUUCUCACGCUAUCCGAAGCGUGAUUUUCAACUUGCUUGGCUGCGUGUCUAUCUGCAGGAAUAUCUGCAACGUUCCGAAAUUAGCGACGCCGAAGUGGAACGCCUAUACUUGCAGGUGAACCAAUUCGCGUUGGCCGCGCACAUGCUCUGGACCAUUUGGUCGCUCAUACAAGCGGAACAUUCCAACAUCGAUUUCGAUUAUGUCGAAUACGCUCACAUACGCUAUGCGGAGUACAAAAAGCAUAAAUCCAUAAUAGGCUUGCGCACCACAGAGGAUGAUGAUGCGGCAGCUGAGAACAACAUUGCGGCGCAAAGUUAAGUUCACCAUAUGCACACAGCGCAUCUAAACACAGCCGCGCGCCGGCUAGCUGCUAGCUUUCGAACUGUGCAUGAGAGUAUGACUCAAAUGCUUGCUGGCAUGCUUGACUAACUGAAAUGUCGACGAAUUUCGUGGUUUAAAAGGCAAUAAGCUGCAAAUAUUACAACAAAAACGGUCACUAAGCAACGUUUAUUUGAACUCGUUACGUUUGUCUAAUAAUUUGCAAUAGAAGACAUAAGCAAAAGUUUGUAUAUUCAUGUGAAUCCGUUGCGUAGUCGUUCUUCUUGUGUGUGACGUACGGUGCUAUGACGUAAAUAACAGUGAAAAAUUAAUUAAUUUAAUUUUGACAAACAAAAAAAAAAAACAUUCCGCAAGCAUUAAUUAUUUAAAUACGAUUUUUAUGUAAUACAAAUUGUAAUUAUAAAAUACGUUAAAGAUAUUGGAAAAAUAGAAAACAAACAAGAACAAAAAAAAAAAAAAAAAAAUAGAAACUAGUAAGCCAGAAAAGUGUUGACAACGCAUUGUGAUUUGUUUUUAGUUUAAUUCGAAAGCAUUAUCGUUUUAUUUAUUGUCGUAAUAUAACCUCAUUAUCCAACUGCAUUGAUUAAUUUUUAAGUGUUGAAUAAAAGGGUAUAUAUCUAACAUAUCUACAUGCUAAAGCCGCGAUUUCUGCUUUGACGGGCUGGUGUGUGAUAGCAGAGUAUCCCUACAGUGUAAUCAACUUUUAAUUGGUGAGAGGCAGGACUUUCCCGAACUAGUGUCAGUGUGACAUUUCUUGUUACAAACUAGUCUUUUAUAACCAGUUCGAUUUAGUCAGGCAUUUCUAGUUAAAAACAAGUCUUUUUCCCGCAAAUUAUAUUUCAAUCACAAUUUUUGUGUUACAAACUAGUCUUUUCUGACAAGUGAGAUUUCAGUUAGAUAUAUCUAUCUAGUAGCAAACUAGUAUUUUCCCGCAAAUUAGAUUUCAGUCACAAUUUUCUUGUUGCAAACUAGUACUAUUCCUGAUUACUUUGUUAUUAUACUUUAGGGAAAUAUAAUAUUUCGUUUAAUAUUAACAUUUCUUAUCUAACCUAACAUUUUUAUCGCAUUAAAAAUACAUACCUAUAUUCUUACAUUUACAUUUAGCUUGUGUUAUCAAUAGCUUCAUAGUAUAUUAUAAAAUUAUAUUAGUAAUAUAUAAAAGUAUAUUUGCUGAAUUAGCGUUUUUGCGACGAUUUGAAGACAGAAAACUAUUGAAAGCAAUAAAAACUAAGUUUACAAUGUUUAAUAAAUUAACUUAUUUGAUAAAUUACAUAUUUAUGUUAAAUGCAGUCGUAGGCCUUGUGCCGUAAUUUUACAGCCCACAUAACAUUUAAUAUAAUAGUAAUAUGACAUUUCUAACCAAAGUAUAUCAUGAUUUGCUAAGGGAAGCCAAAUUGCAUUAAUUUGCGGUUUUUGACACAUUUUUCGAACAUAUUUAUAUUCUAAAGUUAUCUUUAACGCAUUUCACUUUUAACUCGUCGCAUUUAGUGCUCAAAUAAAUUAAGACAGCAUUUUGGAUAAUUUGUACUACACAACUGGAACAGAUUUAGAGAAGAAAGGCUUUUAAAGUACAUAAAAUUAAAAAAAUAUAUAUAUUUGCUAUAAACAUUCGCAGUAAAACUAAAAUAGGGUUAUAGAAGAAUAAAUUUUUUUCAAAAAAAAACCAAAAAAUCCGAAAAUAUUUUACUUGUAAAAAUGUUAAAUAUUUAUCUAAAGCGCGUUUCAAAAUUUCAAUACUUCGAAAUUUACAAACUUUGAUAUUUAUUUAACCAACUGAAAUUUUAAAAUGUUUCGAUAGACACUAACUAUGGGCGUUACAUUUAAAUUUCACUCUUUUCUGCUAAAUUUUUAAUUACUGAACUAUAAAUUUUCAAAACUAGCAAAAUGAAUAUUGUUCUACUUGAAUAAUGUUAAUAUUUAAAUAGAUACUUUUUUGUCUUGUAAAACAAGUCAUCAUUAACACGUCUUAAAUACCUAAAAUACUUACGACGGACGGGUCUAAGUAACUGGUACGGAUCCGGAUUUUUAUCCGGACUGUCAAUUAAGCACUAUUCCACGAAAUUGCUUCAGGAAUAUUUUCUGCCGCUAAAAUUUCGAAUAACUCCUAAAUAUUUUGAAUAAAAAAAAAAAUAAAACAAUUUUUGAGUGAAAACCAUUCCUUUAGUUUAAUGAUAAACUUUGGUACCAAAAAAAAUCAUAAAUUUCCGAAUCACACAUCUGCUAGUAGUUGGCUAAAUUACUACAAUAUAUAUGGUAUAUACCAUUUUUUUAAGAGGUUACAUGGGUUUCGUCGAGCAAAAAACGCCCUAUUUUCAAUAAUUUUAAAAAGAAUAAUAAUAUAAAAAAAUAUUUUAUCAAAACUUUUUAUUAUCCCGAAGAUACAUAUUUGAUGAAGAUUUUGUGAAAUUUUCAAAUGAAAAUAUUCAAAACUCGGUCAUUACGACGUCAUUUUCGGCAGUCCUUCGGAAAAGACAGGAUCGUCAAAAGUAAAAAGAAAAAAAUACGUGUUUGGACGAAGAAAAAACAAAUAAAGUGAAAAUUGUAUUUUUGCAGACAUUUUUUCCAAAAAAAGCAAAUUUCGAUGAAAACUUUUCGACUUUUGUUUUUGUUUUUCUAGUUUUUAAAAUAGUUCUAAUUGACAAAAAAAAAUCCUUCGUUCAAAAACUUGUAAAUUAUAACUCAAAGUCCUGUCUAAAAUUUCAUUAAGAUCAGUUUCGAGAAAAAACGUUUAAAGUUUUAAAUGACUAUAUAGCUGACCUCGAGCGCGCAACUUUUCAAAGCUGUAUCUUCAAAACUAUUACUGGGAUCAACUUGAGUAUUUAGAACAAUAUUCUAGAUAUGUUAUAAAAUUAAAUAAGACAAUAAAAAUUUAUUGUUUUUGAAUAAAAUUCUUUUAACACCUCAAUACAAAGAUUGUUCAUUAAAAGUUAUAAAAUUUGACAUAACGAACAGCCCUGGUAAUGUGGAUAUUGCUAGUAGAGUGACAAUUCAAUGUUAUUGUUGUUGUAGCGGCAGAAAACAUUUCUAAAAUAAAUUUGAAGAAUGCUGCCGUGUUGACAAUCCUUGGUUGGAUAAAAAUCUAGAUGCGUUCCGGAUGCGUAGACCUAACUGUCGUGGAAACGGUUGCAUUCAAUGCAAAGUAACAGUCUAUAGCUUUUCCCGUUUAUUUAUAAACCUAGCAUCUUUUUACGGUUUAAGGCUUUCUAAAUUUACCAUUUAUUUUGCAUAACUCACACGCAUUUUGAUUUUAAUUUUAUAGAAAUGCUGUUAUAUUCCAAAUAAUAUGGCAUUUCACAAUAUAUUCUAAAUAUACUGCAUUUCUCACUAACACUACGAUUUAUUUCACAUUAUUAUUAUAUUCUUUAUAAAUAAAUAAAUAUUUUGUAAAACUUGCUUAGAUAAUUCGCUCGCAAAUCUUGUAUAAAUCUAGUAGUGGUGCUAAUUAGAAGUGUUAAAAGCAGAUCAAUUAGUUGCGCAUGCUCCUCGUGAGCAUGUAAAUUUUGUUAGUAAUAUUGAGAGAAUAUUGAUAGCAAGUGUUAUAUAAACGUUUAUAUAGUAUACAAGCAUACACAUAGCAUACAAAUAUUACGCGUAGUUUUCUUACAAAGACGUGAGAACAUUUGGUUACACAAAAUAAAAAAUAAAUCGCAUGUAACAAAUUUUUA